AUGUCAGAAGUUGAAAAGAGUCUCGAAACGAUAAAAGAUCCAGAAUUACUUGGUUCAGAUGAGUCGAUCUUGAAUGAUUCUCAAUCACAGGUUUCCGAAGUUGAUGCAGAUGCUGAAACAGCAAGAUUGGCUGAAGAAUUAGGUAUAAAUCACAAGAAACUAAUGUGGAAGAUUGAUAUUUGUGUUGUUCCUCCAUUUUGUCUCCUAUACUUUUUUUCAUUUUUGGAUAGAGUCAAUAUCUCCAAUGCUAAUGUCUAUGGUUUAAGUGAAGAGUUGAAAUUGACAGGUAACCAAUAUAAUACAGCUUUGACAUUAUUCUUUGUUCCUUACAUAUUUUUUGAAGUACUUGGAAACUACUGCAUCAAAUUUGUUAAGCCACAUAUAUGGUUAUCAGGAUCUGUGUUUUUAUUUGGAGCUAUAACUGUUGGAAUGGGGUUUGCCAAGAAUUUCGGUGCUUUGGCAGCAACCAGAUUCCUUUUGGGAAUGGUGGAGUCAGUGUUAUUCUGUGGUAUCUUUUACUUGUUAUCAACUUAUUAUUCGAAACCAGAGGCACAAAGGCGAUUCUCGGCUUUCUUUUCCUGUACGGCUUUAUCUGGUGCAGCAUCAGGUGCUAUUGCUUAUAGAGUAAAUGAAAUAGACGGGUUACACGGAAUAAGCUCGUGGAGAUGGAUUUUUAUUUUGGAAGGUUGUGCUACUGUUAUUGGAAGUUUUGUUUUGUAUUUCAUCAUUGCUGAUUUCCCUGAAGAGUCAAGGUUCUUGAACGAAAAAGAACGUAAAUUUAUUAAACAAAAGUUGGAAUGGUAUUCAGGAACAAGUUCUGCAUAUGAAAUCAAAAACACGUGGAGAGAUGUCAUUAAAUGUCUCAAAGAUUGGUUGAUUUGGUUGCCAUCGUUAUCGUAUUUCGGAUUAAUCAUUCCAUCCUAUGGUUAUGCUUAUUUUGCCGCUACUAUUAUCAACCAAAUGGGAUACACUGCUGUUUCAGCACAACAACACUCAGUUUACCCUUGGGUUUGUGCAUUUGGUGUGAUUAACAUUGUCGCAUUUGCAUCUGACUAUUGCAAAAAAAGAUUACCAUUUCUUAUUGGUGCCAUGAUCAUAGCUAUUGUCGGAUUAGCUAUGAUUUUAGGAGCUACCGAUAAACCACAUGUAAGAUAUGGUGGAUGUUUCUUAGCAGCGAGUGGUUUAUACACUGCCAUGCCUUUAAUUGUCUGCUGGGCGGCAUUAAACAACGGAUCGCACCUUCGAAAAUCUGUUGGAACAGCUUGGCAAAUUGGAUUUGGAAACAUUGGUGGUAUUAUUGCAACAUUUAUCUUUUUAGCUAAAGAUGCACCUGUUUAUAAACCAGGAUUGAGCACAUGUCUUGCUGCUGUUUGUUUUGCCAUGGUAACAGCAAUUGCAUACUUUUUCUACUGCAUGCAUAUGAACAAAAUCAAGCAAACAGAUGCUUAUAAACAAAAGUUUAAUGGAUUGCCCGAACGUGAACAAAUAAAUCUUGGUGAUAGGAAUCCAAGGUUUGUUUACUUGUAUUAA